CGGUUGUGCCUGCUACGAUCUAUCAGUCGGUUUGGUCUCUCUCCACCAUUGUCCACCCCCGGAUCCUGCCGUCAGCUCUCCCCGUCUCUUUGUCAGGUCCAAUGCGGGGGAUGCUGUCUCCAUCGUCGAGUGAAGUUGCUCUUCUUGACGCUGUUUUGUAUCCGAGGCCCCCAGACAUUCGCCCGUACGGUCCUGGGGACUGUGACCGUUGAACCAACCCCAUCCGCAGCCCAAUCCAUACAUCCCCAUACAGCUCCCCAACCCCCGGCGAACGCUGUCUGUGGACCUUUGGGACGCCAACUUAUUGUCGCAUCCAAAAGGGCUAAAGUCUUGCUCACCCGCUUUGCCGGCCAAGGCAUGUUCGCUCUGUUUAUCGGCGCUGUUCUCCCUCAAGACUAGCCCUUGUCGAGUCUCAUAGCGACAUCAUACAUUUACCUUCUCACACCCGCCCGCCACCGCCCUCAUGGACUUAAACCGGCCGGAGACGCAUCAUGGCCGGAAUACCCCUCAGCCGGGCCCGUUUGGAUAUUCUUUUCUUUCCCCCAUAGAUUCGCCUUUCGACCCCCCUCCUGGGCCGCCCACUGGCCCAGCAUUGCUGGACGAUAAUGAAUCAUCCAUGCUCGACAACUUCUUCACCACGAUGAAUUCCAACCAUCUGUCCAGCGACUUUUGGCUUCAAAAUCAGUCGAGUAAACCGUUUGGAUCCGCCAACUUCGACUGGGCUGAGCAACUUCCUCCGACUUUUGAAGGAUCUACAACCUCUCUUUCACAACCAGCGCUUCCUCAUCACAGCCUGGAAAAGCCUCUUAUGGACAUGAUGCCCAAUACUCUGGGCGCAAGUUCCGACAUAUUUGCAGCUGCUUCCAUGUUAUACCAAAAUGGGAUGCAUGGGUCCGAUUUCAACUCCAACGUCGCUCAGCAUUCAUUUCCCUCACCCGAUAUAGAUUUCAACACCCUCAGAAUGACCGGCCACGGCAAGGUCCAACCGCAGACCAGUCAUGCGCCCUCAAAACAGUCAAAUAUUUCCCCCCGUCCACGGUUACCCCUGGGGGUUCACACUUCAGAGAUGCUCUUCGAUGUCUGUGAACCGAUAUCUCCCGAGCAACAACAUACCGCGAAGGUUCGUCCCCUUCAUUGGGGAUCCGAUGCGAGCUUUGUGGAUCAAGGGUAUAUUGCACCGCCCGACCAGCCAGACGAAGAGCAGCGGACGAAAGAAUUGCUCGGUCACCUAGUGUGCUUGGAAACUCAAAGCAGUGCCGCCAACACUCGUGCACCCAGCCCAGUGCGUAUCACCGGGCAUUAUGACGCAGCUUGGGCGGAUGCCGAUGCGGCGGGGCAACUCAGCAACCUACGGAGAGGAUACAAAGAUAGCAUGGAAGAUAUUUCCCAGCCCAAAAAGAAACAGAGAGUCUUGGUGAAGGAGGAAGAAGACGAAAAUUCCGAUAACGAAAGUCCGCGGCAGAGAUUAAAAAAAUCCAAGGCGUCAUCGUCCCGGCGAAUGUCUCAUGACGGCAUCCGGAAACCAAGGCUCUCCCAGGGUCCGAAACCCGCACGAGAGAACUUGACCGAAGAACAGAAGAGGAAUAACCACAUCCUUUCCGAACAAAAGCGAAGAAAUCUCAUCAGACAAGGCUUUGAUGAUUUGUGUACCCUCGUACCUGGUUUAAAAGGUGGCGGGUUCAGCAAAAGCGCAAUGCUCACUCAGGCCGCUGACUGGUUGGAGGAGAUAUUACGCGGAAAUGACAUCCUUAAAGCCCAGCUAGCGGAGUUAAAAGCCAUGAAUGGCUUAGUGAUGCCCCGGUAAGCAUACCGACUUAUGAGACCACGAUUUUGAUUUAAUCGAUCCUAUAAUUGGAGCAUAUGGGCCGGAAUCCCUCAUUUGUAUAGUGGAGCAAUCUCGCGGUCUUCUGGCAGGAUGCGCAUUGUUCGGACGGGAUUCCAGGCUUUUCUUGUCCAUGGCCAUCAAUGAAGGCAUGAUGUGCCGAUUUGCCUUGUUGCAGUCAUAUUUUUAUGCCUGGCUUGUUUCAUGCAUCAUUCAUACCCAAUAAUACCCGCUUAGCCUAGCUAUAAUGGUUGCCUUGCCAAAUACCACACAAUAGGUAGUUGAUCCCUGCAAUUAACGGGGGGGUCACACUUCGUGAU